GACACGGUACCGCACAGACUCCAUCAUGAGCUCCUCGGCGGCUGCAGCUCGAGCUCUGCGGCUCUGCGCGCGCUGCUGCCGGACUCCGGCGGCGCACCGGGCCGGUCCGGAGCCGCCGCUUCGGGGCUUCGACGCCCGGAGGACCCUGAACGUCCAGGCGGCCAGCGGGGCCGCGGAGGCCGGCAAGCUGAAGAGCAUCGACGACCUGCCCGGACCCAGCUCGACCACCACGCUGUACUGGCUGUUCCUGCGAGGGUACGCGGACAAGAGCCACCUGCUGCAGGAUGUGCAGAAGAACCUCUACGGGCCCAUCUGGCGCUCCAGGAUCGGCCCGUUUGACCUGGUCAACGUGGCGACCCCGGAGCUCGUGGCCCAGGUGAUCCAGCAGGAGGGCCGCUACCCGUGCCGGGCCGAGCUGCCCCACUGGAAGGAGUACCGGGACCUGAGGGGCCAGGCCUACGGGCUGCACGUGGACUCGGGGCCGGAGUGGUACCGCAUGCGCAGCGCCCUGAACCCCAAGAUGCUGAAGCCGCGGGAGGUGGUGGCCUACGCGCCCGUCAUCCAGCAGGUGGUCGGGGACCUGCUGCGGCGCGUCGAGCUCCUCCGGAGCCGCAGCCGGGAUCGGGCCACCGUGUCCGAUGUGGCCGCCGAGCUCUACAAGUUCGGCUUUGAAGGUAUCUCCUCCAUCUUGUUUGAGAGCAGGUUGGGCUGCCUGGAGGAGGACAUCCCCCCGGACACGCUGCGCUUCAUCACCGCCGUCACCGAGAUGCUGACGCUGUCCGAGACCGUGGUCCUCUUCCCCCGCUGGAGCCGCGGCGUCCUCCCCUUCUGGAGCCGCUUCGUCCGGGCCUGGGACGACCUCUACGACGUGGCUCGCUCACUCAUCGACAGGAGGAUCGCGGAAAUCGAAGCUCAGGUGUCGGGCGGCGAGCCGGCGGAGGGCAUGUUCCUGACCUACCUGCUGUCCUCUGAUAGGCUGAGCAGAGCCGAGGUCUACAUCAGUGUCACCGAGCUGCUGCUGGGGGGCGUCGACACGACCUCCAACACCCUGUCCUGGGCCUUGUACCACCUGGCGAGGGACCGCCGGGCUCAGGAGCGACUGCACCGGGAGGUGAGCUCCGUGUGUCCCGGAAGACGGGAGCCAAUCACGGAGGACCUGAGCCGGAUGCCAUACCUGAAGGCCGUCGUCAAGGAGACGCUACGUCUUUAUCCCGUGGUGCCCGGUAACGGACGCUUCAUCUCCGAGGACGAGGUGGUCGUGGGCGACUACUGGUUCCCGAAGCGGACCCAGUUCCACCUGUGCCACUACGCCACCUGUCACGACGAGGAGCAGUUCGUGGGCGCCGAGCUCUUCGCCCCUGAGCGCUGGCUGCGAGACGCCGGCGGCUCCUACCGCCACCACCCGUACAGCUUCCUCCCCUUCGGCGUGGGCGUGCGGGCCUGCGUGGGCAAGAGGCUGGCGGAGAUGGAGAUGUUCUUCGCCCUGUCCCGGCUCGUGCAGCACUACGAGGUCCAGCCCGAACCCGGAGCUCCGGUCGUGGAGCCCAAGACUCGAACCCUGCUGGUCCCCGCGAGGCCCAUCAACCUGCGCUUCCUGCCCCGGGCCUGAGGAGGGCGCCACCGAGGCUCAGCGAGCUGCUCGUUAUUCUAGGAGCAACGUUGAAGAACGAACUCCAUUAAAUAACCUUUAAAGUCAACUUGGAAACGAGGGAAGGAGAGGAAAGGAGGGGAGGAAAGGAGGAGAGGAAUCAAGGGAAGGAAAGGAGGAUUAGUUCUUGCAACAGUUUAAAUAACAAUCAAAGCUUCUCUUUGCACAGAACAUUGAUUUAACCGUUUGUAUUUAAGACGACAUAACCUCUAUAACACCUGUAAUGUUAUCAUGACUGACUACGUGUUGUUGUUGUUGUUGUUGUUGUUGAUCGCUUCAUUUAAAUAAAGUUUUGGUCUGAACUUGU